AUGUCGGACUCCGCAAAGUUUACGGUCGGCUGGAUUUGCGCCCUUCCUAUCGAGUUUGAUGCCGCGCAAGCCUUUUUGGAAGAAGAAUACGAAGACUGCCCUCCAGUCGCCGAAAACGACAACAACAAUUAUGCUCUGGGCAGGAUUGGAAGUCAUAAUGUCGUUAUCGCUGUUUUACCAGAUGGAGAAUAUGGAUUAACUGCCGCUGCGGUUGUGGCUCGCGGCAUGCUGCAUAGCUUUCCAAAUGUGCGCAUUGGACUGAUGGUUGGCAUCGGUGGGGGAGCCCCCAGUCCAAGACAUGAUAUACGACUAGGUGAUAUUGUUGUUAGCCGCCGUGAUGGAGACAAAGGGGGCGUUUUCCAGUAUGACCUCGGAAAAACCAUCCAGAACCGGGACUUUGAGAUUACUAGCAUCCUAGACCAACCACCUAUGGUCUUACGAACAGCUGUUAGCGCACUCAGGAGUCGAUACAGCAUAAAAGGGCAUCAACUUAACAGAUCUGUGGAUAGCGCACUGGACCGGUGGCCUCGACUGAAGAAAAGAUACUCUCGGCCCCCCUCGGAUAGUGAUAAACUCUACCGAUCCGACAUCGUCCAUCCAGAAUCGGCAAAUGGAUGCGACGGCAAUUGCAGCGAUGAUUCGACUCAUCUACUAAGUCGUACUGCACGAGAUGAACUCGAAGACAACCCCGCAAUUCAUUACGGACUCAUUGCCAGCGCAAAUCAGUUAAUGAAGGACGCUACGAUCCGCGACAAACUAGCUAAAGAACACGGCGUCCUCUGCUUCGAGAUGGAGGCUGCCGGUCUGAUGAAUCACUUUCCAUGUCUGGUAAUUCGCGGGAUCUGCGACUACUCUGACUCUCACAAGAACAAACGGUGGCAAGGCUUUGCGGCAAUGAUGGCGGCGGCAUAUGCGGCAGAUCUUUUACAUCAAAUCCCAUCCAACAAAGUUGAAGCAGAAAGGCGAAUCAGCGAUCUUCUAAACUCAAUUCAAGAGGACCUCGGCCACUUGCAUCUGGAUUUAAGCGAGACGAAGAAUGCGGCAAUGGCCACUAGAAAUAAACAACAUCUCGACGAUCUACAUCGCUGGUUAUCGCCACCAGAUCCUUCCACCAACGCUGCAAGGGCGAGAGACCUUCGACAUUCAGGCACAGGAACUUGGCUCUUAGAGAGCGACCUCUUCUCUGAGUGGAAGAACGAAACACGCCAACAUCUUUGGCUUUACGGCCUGGCGGGGUGUGGCAAAACGGUUUUGAGCACGACAAUUAUUGACCAUCUCAGCCAGAAUGACAAUGGACCGAUACUUACUUUCUUCUUCGACUUUACCGAUACCGGGAAACAGACUUUAGCUAAUCUCUUACGCUCACUUGCAUUUCAGCUCUACUCCACUGGGGAUGAGGCAGCAAGGAGACUUGAUGCUUUGUUUGUAUCCUUUGAAAGUGGCCGGAAACAACCAGACAACAAAGCUUUUUCGACCUGUCUUGAGUCUAUGAUGCGGAUACCUCAAAGGUUGACUAUUGUUUUGGACGCUCUAGAUGAGUGUACUACGAGAAGCGAAUUACUUCUAUGGAUGCGAGGCUUGACAGCCAAUUCGGCUUUUGGCAACACCAAGUUGGUUGUGACUGGGCGGCCCGAAGCAGAUUUUCAGCGUGAGAUUCCUAGGCUUUUCGGUGAGAAUAACUGCAUGUUGCUUGAUAAAAAGGCUGUCGACGCCGACAUUCGCUCUUAUGUCAGCAACGAGCUUCACCAGAGGCCUAACUUCAUAGAGAAGAAAAUACCGCAAGAUGUCCUUGACCAAAUCCGUACCAAGGUUGGGGAUGGGGCUGAUGGAAUGUUUAGAUGGGCAGCAUGCCAGCUAGACAGUCUUGUCAAUUGCCUUCAUAUACAGGCUAUCAAAUCAGCGUUAGCAAGUUUACCUCGAGACCUAAACGAGACAUACCAACGAAUGCUUUCAUGCAUUCCAUCAGAGCUCAAGGGAGACUCUAUACGCCUCCUACAGUUCCUCGCCUAUGCCGAACGACCCCUCAUAACACCAGAGGCAAUAGAAAUACUUGCCACAUUGGUUACUCAGGAGAAGCGGGAGUUUAACCCCGAGCGGAGACUUCUUAACGACGAGGACAUCUUACGUUAUUGCCCAGGUUUACUAUCUUUCGCUAAGGUUUCCCGGUACGACGCCAUUGUAACGGAAGUUCAACUUGCACACUUUUCAGUAAAGGAGUGGCUUAUCUCCGAAAGUCAGUUUGAACUUACAACUGCCAGCAUUGCUAUCACAAGGACUUGCUUCACUUACAUCAACGAUAUCACGGGUACACCUCGAGUACUGAGGAAGGAAUUUCCAUUAGCGCGUUAUGCGGCAGAGGUCUCAAUGAAGCAUGCUAGACUAGCGGAAACUUCUGACGAUAUUGUAGAAGAAACAGGGCUCUUUCUACAAAACGCGACUACGUUCUACAAAUGGGGUUGCCUAUAUCAACCAGACGACGACCGGAAUUUGCAUCCUAGCCCUCCCAAAGCACCACCUCUCUACUAUGCUUGCUGCAGUGGGCUUUCAAGAGUAAUAAGAACGCUUCUAGAUAACGGAGCCGAUGUUAAUGCGCAAGGCGGCAGCUAUGGCAACGCCCUCCAGGCCGCCUCUGAUAGGGGCUAUGAAGAGAUCGUACGGCUUCUUCUAGAUAACAGAGCCGACGUUAACGCGCAAGGCGGCUACUAUAGCAACGCCCUCCUAGCCGCCUCUUAUGGGGGCUACGAAGAGAUCGUACGGCUUCUUCUAGAUAAGGGAGCCGACGUUAACGCGCAAGGCGGCGACUAUGGCAACGCCCUUCAGGCCGCCUCUUAUAGGGGCCACGAAGAGAUCGUACGGCUUCUUCUAGAUAAGGAAGCCGACGUUAACGCGCAAGGCGGCAGCUAUGAUAACGCCCUUCAGGCCGCCUCUUAUGGGGGCCACGAAGAGAUCGUACGGCUUCUUCUAGAUAAGGAAGCCGACGUUAACGCGCAAGGCGGCUACUAUAGCAACGCCCUCCUAGCCGCCUCUUAUAGGGGCUACGAAGAGAUCGUACGGCUUCUUCUAGAUAACGGAGCCGACGUUAACGCGCAAGGCGGUCACUUUAGCAACGCCCUCAUAGCCGCCUCUAUUAGGGGCUACGAAGAGAUCGUACAGCUUCUUCUAGAUAACGGAGCCGACGUUAACGCGCAAGGCGGCCACUAUGGCAACGCCCUCCAGGCCGCCUCUUAUGGGGGCUACAAAGAGAUCGUACAGCUUCUUCUAGAUAACGGAGCCGACGUUAACGCGCAAGGCGGCAGCUAUGAUAACGCCCUUCAGGCCGCCUCUUAUGGGGGCCACGAAGAGAUCGUACGGCUUCUUCUAGAUAAGGAAGCCGACGUUAACGCGCAAGGCGGCAGCUAUGAUAACGCCCUUCAGGCCGCCUCUUAUGGGGGCCACGAAGAGAUCGUACGGCUUCUUCUAGAUAACGGAGCCGACGUUAACGCGCAAGGCGGUCACUUUGGCAACGCCCUCCAGGCCGCCUCUGCUAGGGGCCAUGAAAAGAUCGUACGGCUUCUUCUAGAUAAGGGAGCAGGACCUACCUCUCGCACGUUGAAGUGGCGCUGUGCCCGCCAAAUCUCCGGUUGGCGGCUAUCGAUGCGACGGACAGUCAGACGGCAUAAACAUUCCACAACCAUUUCAGUCCGCACUUCCACUAGAAUUUUUCCAAGACAAAAGUCAAGAAAGCAUACGGUUCUACUCCUUAAAAAACUUUCCUACUCUAUGGGUACCCUUGUGAUCCCAACUAGGGGAAAGAAACACUAA